AUGCAGCACCGACGCGCAGUCUGCGGCUUCGUCGUACUCCUGCUCAUCACCCUGACCGCCAUCCGACCACACUUGCGAGUCCUCGGCCAAGUGGUGACGACGUACAAAUCGUUCUACCCCUCCCUCAAAACAUACCCAGAACUAGUCUAUCAAUACAACAACGCAUUCCCCCCCACCGCACAACUCAACACCACAUCCGCUCAAAUCCCCCGCAUCAUGCACCGCAUCCUCCUCACCGACGGCCACCCCACUCCCUUCACCAAUACCAGCGCAGCCAUCACAAGCUGCCAAACCCUGCAUCCCAAUUGGAUCCACUAG